AUGUUCUUCAAAUCAGGUGUAAUCGGUGCCCUUGGAAUCGCUUCUCAUGUGAAAGUGAUUCAUCGGGAGGAUGGCCAUGCUGAGAUGUCUCCACCUAUAUCUGAUUCUAAUUGUCAAAUCAUUCUCGAGGACUUUUUGGGCUUGCUCACAAUCAAUUUGGUGGUGAUCGCGGAUACAGAUGACGCGGUUGCUACCAUGACCACUAUUGAGAGACCAACCUUGGCGGAGAGCGAUGACAACGACGACGACGAAGAAGGAGAAGAAGAAGUCACUGUGGAGCAAGGUAAAAGCAAGAAGAAUAGGAAGAAAACUACCUCUUGGACUCCUAUUGAAUGUGAUGGCGCAAUCAGUGCUUUUUGA